AUGAACUGCCAAAUCCUUCCGAACACACUAUUGAAGGCUUCGGUUGAAGGAAAAUCCGCUCUCGGAGGUGUUUGCGACGUAAACGGAGAUUGUGACAAUAAAGGUUCAAUCUGUUUGAGAGGGCAAUGCAGAUGCCACCCUCACUACACAGAAGCAAGAGACGAAAAAGGAAGACUGCCGAAGUGCGCGCCACUCCCUUCAAAAGUUGGCGCAAAAUGCUCUAACAAAUGUCGUGAACCCCUAUUCUGCCGUAAUGGAGAAUGUCAAUGUGUUCAAAGAGGAACCACGAGAAUAUCAAAUGGAGAAUGUAUUACUACGUCAAGAGUUGGGGACAGAUGCUCAAGACAUUAUGAUUGCACUUCCCCGUUCUCUGCAUGUCUGAACUCUCAAUGCGUCUGUAUUUCUGGAACUAUUCAGCAGGGCUCCCGCUGCGUCGCGGCUGCAAACUGUCCACUUGGAGGUCUACCAGGACAGAGUUGUGUUCGACGAUCAGAUCCAUCCCUCGCAUUCAAUAUCCCUCCAAAUCAAGACAACUGCCCAUCUGGUCAAAUUUGUGUUACUGCUGCUGAUAGUCAAGUUGGUCACUGUUGUCCUGUUGUCUGCCCACUUGCUAGCCACGUAGAUGUGAAAUAUUCAUGUGAUCCAGACGCAGUUCCAGCAUUGAAAUGCCCUUCGGAUUCUCAUUUCUGUCAUUUCUUGUCAGACGGAAGUUUCUCCCAAGCAGUCUGUUGCCGUCGUCCUUGUAACUCAAUGGCUCCAAAUGCUCUCUACGCGAACAACCAAUGUAUUCCACGUGGACAACUGAACUCUGCCUGCACAUCAAACGCUCAAUGUGGCGGAGGAGAAGGAAUGGAAUGUAUGAAAGGACAAUGUCAGUGUCAACAGAACUUCCAUCCAGCUGUCGAUGUGCUCACUAAUCCAUUGAAGAAUCCAUCUCAGUCAUGUUCAAGGGAUUGUGAGAAUGAGAGUUUAUCGAAAGACACCAGUUGUAUGAAAGCUGUUCCUUUGAAUUCCCUCUGCUUCAUUCAAAAACAAUGCCCUCAGAACUCGGGUUGCUAUCGUGGAAGAUGCAUGUGUCGUUGUGGAUUUGCACCAAAAAAUGGAAAGUGUGUAGAGAUUCCUGCGCCAUCUACGACUACAUCUGCGCCAGCUCCAGCGAUAAUCCCUGGAGUCAAUAUUAAUCCAGGAGAUGAACUAUUCAAGCUGUUCGGUCAAUUUCUUGGAGGUGGAAAUGGUGCAGGAGGUUUGAAGUUUGGAUAA